AUGGCUUCUAUGAAGGGGGAAUUGGCAGGAGUGAAGGGGGAACUGGCAUCAGUAAAGGGAGAGUUGGCAUCAGUGAAGGGAGAGUUGGCAUCAGUGAAGGGAGAGUUGGCAGCAGCAGUGACAGAUAAGGCGGCGUUACAGAAUGAGCGAGUGAUGAUGUUGGAAGCAGGGAAGUGGGCUGUGGAGAAUGAGGUGAACGCGUUGAGGCACGCCCUGGACGAUGUGCGAGCGAGGGAGAUAGAUCUGGCUGCAGUGAAAGGAGAGGUGAAUGCAGUGAAGGGGGAGCUGGCUGAGUGCAAGGAGGCUGUGAUGGAGCAGUGGGAUAUGGCUGAGAGCAGAAUGGAAUCGGGUUUAAGAGAGCUAAGAGAGGAGGUCAGUAAGGGAAUGGAUGAAAUCAAAGCAGAGUUGGCAAGGGAGAGGGAGGAGAGGAGGAGGGAUGUGCAGGAGUUGAACUGGCCACGUGCCAUGGAGGUAUUGGCAGCCUGUAAGGAAUGGCAGACCGUUCAAGACAUGAAGCUGAAUAUUGAGUUGGAAAUGAGGGAGAGUGAAGGCGAUCGGAAGAAAGCAUUGAAGGCAAUUAUGGCAGCAUCACAAGCGACCCAGUUGAAGCUGAGUAAUCUCAACUGCCUCUCCCGCGACAUCCUUCACCUUGUGUCCACCAUGACCCACCUGACGAGCAUUGACUUGACCUCUAGCUCAGGCUUCAGUGCAGAGGGCAUCAAGCACCUCUACAGGCUGCCACGGCUUUCGAAGCUAGACCUAGAUGGCACGGUCGUCUCAGACAGUGCCUUAGAAGGGAUUGGGUCCUUGACCAGUCUCGAAACCCUCUUCCUCCACCGGACCAAGGUGACGGAUGCUGGCCUCUCGCACUUGACAGGUCUCUCCUCUCUCAAAGUGUUAUGGCUUUCGAAGUGCGGGGGGGUGACGAAUGCUGGUAUGGUACAUGUGGGGAGGCUGACAGGGCUUGAGAGACUUGAUUUGGAUGGCACAGCAGUCACGGAUGAUGGGCUGCAGCAGCUGACUGCCCUGACCAAGCUGACAGAACUGUGGAUGCCAUUAGGGGGUUGCCUCCAAAACGAUGGUUUACGCAGACUGGUAGGGUUGGUGGCAGGGAGUGAUGGUGGAGAUAGAGGUGAGGUGAGGGGGGAUGUGGCUGUGUCUUGGUAG